AUGGCAUGUAUAGAGAAUAGCACAGAAGUGAAUGAAUUCAUCUUAGUAGGAUUAACAGAUAUUCAAGAGCUUCAGGUUUUUCUCUUCAUAAUAUUCAUCCUUAUUUAUCUUUUCACCUUAAUAGGAAAUCUGGGUUUGGUAGCCUUGAUUUUAGAGGAUUCUACUCUCCACACUCCCAUGUACUUUUUCAUCAGUGGCCUCUCUCUGGCAGAUUUAGGUGCCUCCACAACUAUAAUUCCCAAAGUGAUUGCUGGGAUUCUCACAAGAGACAAGGCCAUUUCCUAUGAUAGUUGUGCUACACAAAUGUUCUUCUUUGCAAAUUUUGCCACUAUUGAAAAUUUUCUGUUGGCCUCUAUGGCCUAUGAUCGCCAUGUGGCUAUAUGUAAGCCCCUACAUUACUCUACUAUCAUGACAUCAAGGAUGUGUUUGGGUUUAAUCAUUGGUUCUUAUUUCUGUGGCAUACUAAAUGCUUCCAUCCACAUUGGCUUCAUUUUUAGCCACUCUUUCUGUGGUUGCAAUGUUGUAAAUCACUUCUUCUGUGAUAUUCCUCCAAUCUUGACUCUCUCUUGCUCAGAUAUACGCUUCACCGAAUUGUUGGUUUGUGCGAUAGGAGCAUUUAAUAUGUCUUUUGCUAUUCUCGUCAUUGUGACCUCCUACCUCUCAAUCUUCAUUGCCAUUCUGAGGAUCCGCUCUACUGAGGGCCGCCAGAAAGCUUUCUUCACCUGUGCUUCUCAUAUCUUUGCAGUGUUCUUAUUCUUUGGGGCAACCAUCUACAUGUAUCUACAACCCUCAUCAGUUCAUUCCAUGGACACAGAUAAAAUGGCCUCUGUAUUCUACACCAUGAUCAUUCCCAUGCUGAACCCUUUGGUUUACAGUUUAAGAAAUAAAGAUGUCAAAAAUGCUUUCAGAAAAGCUACUAGAGGGAAGAGUCAUUAG